UACUAUGUCCAGGCAUCUUUUGUGACACCUUCAUCCCUGGUUCCAUGCAGUAUAUACAGUUGAGCCAUUCGUCUAGACAUCUACUUCAGUUGGUGUUCUUUGCGGAAUUUGCAGGAUUUGACUCAAUUUCGACAAAGGAGCAUCAGUAUAUACCGUUCAACCGGAGCUGCAUCAAGACUCUGACGUGAUGAAACUCUUUCCGAGUCUCGUGCUGUUGACCCUAGCAGUCAUCGCCAUCCAGGUCAUGCCUUUGACCAAUGGUGCAAACAUUCUCGUAACUGUCUUAAUCCCGAAGGCCAGUAGCCAUGCCAAAAGUAUGUCCGCCAUGUCAGGAGCGUUGACCCGACGCGGCCACAAUGUCACCAUCCUCACCUGCUCCGCCGUAGGAACAAAAGGGUUCAAGAGGGACACCUACAACAGCGCCCUCCAGUACAAAUUCGAGCAUUCUCCAGAAUUUCACGCCACUGAACAAAUGAUACAAGAUUUGUCGUUUGAGAAGACUCAGAAGAGUCAGUUCAAUAACGUGAUAGGUUUGGGUAAAAUGUUUAAUUUGUUGAGGCAAGCUUGCCAGCAUCUCUUUGAAGAUUCUGCGACGUUGGCUCUACUCAAGGAAUCUCACUUUGACAUCCUUAUCGGGGAUGUCUUUGACGGAUGUGAUGCGAUCCUCAGUAGUUACCUAGGAAUACCGUACAUUGCCUUGACAACAUCAAUGAGAUAUCCGUUCUUCCACGAGCACCUAUACGGAAUUCCAUCGCCAUCAUCGUACGUACCCUUGGGUACCUUCCCCUUGUCAGACAGGAUGACGUUUCUGGAGCGUGUUGCCAGCUUCAUAGAGCAUAACUUUGUCCUGAGCUUUUCACAUUGGGUACACUUCGGGGCUUUGGAAAAGAUAAAAGACAAGUAUGGUAUCGCGCCAGAUCGAAGCAUCGCAGAUCUUAUAGGUGGAGCAGAGUUGUGGCUGUGCAUGACGACCUUCGCAUUUGAUUUCUCUCACCCUAUCGCACCGAAUUGGGUGGCUAUCGGAAAUAUCGCCGAUAUUCCAGCGAAGCCAUUGAACAAGGAAUACGAAGCCUUUGUUGAGGGGUCGGGGGAACACGGCUUCAUCAUAUUGGCAUUGGGUAAUAAUUACGGUGAGCUUCCGAAACACAUGGCAGAGGCCUUUGCGAGAGUCUUCAGUGAUCUUCCACAGAGAGUCAUCUGGCGGCAUACUGGAACACGCCCUCGUUACCUGGGUAACAACACCAUGCUGGUAGACUGGAUGCCACAAAAUGACCUACUUGGUCACCCCAAAGCCCGACUACUGAUAUACCACGGCGGUCUGACAGGUAUUUUCGAAGCGAUCUACCAUGCCGUCCCCAUGGUCGUCAUGCCAAUAAUUGGUGAUCAAGAUUCCAAUGCCGUCAAGGUCGAGGCUAAAGGCAUGGGAAGAAUUCUCCAGAAAGACCAUAUCUCGUACGAGACCGUGAUGGAAGCAGUCAUCGAUGUCCUGGAAAAUCCACGCUACAGGGAAAACGUCCGCAGAUCUUCAAGAAUCUACAGAGACACCCAGGCUCACCCGGAUGAAACUAUGGUCUACUGGGUGGAACACAUCCUCAAAUUUGGAGGGUCACACUUGAGAUCUAGAGCCUUGGAACUCACCUUCAUCCAGCUUCAUUCGAUCGACGUUCUCGCUUUCAUCAUCGGAAUCAUAGCUGCCAUCGUUUUCCUUCUCUAUACUUGUUUUAAGCGAUGUCUAUCAUGUUGCUUGAAAAGUAGAAAAUCCAAAGUAGAAUGAUUUUUUUCCCGAUUUAAUUGUUUCUUUUACAUGCCUGCUUACGACCAAUCGAAAUAAAAUAAAAUUGUUUACCCGUG